AUGCGCGGCGAAUCGGAGAUCUCGCGCGCGCGCGCGCGACGAGGGCGAGGACGCGGCGCGACGGAGGCGCGCGUGCGCGUGGAUUUCGCGGUGAUCGGAAGCGGGAUCGCGGGACUGUCGUACGCGCUGGACGCGGCGGAGGUGGGAGAGGUGGCGAUCGUGACGAAGGCGCGCGCGUUCGAGGCGGCGACGACGUACGCGCAGGGCGGCAUCAGCGCCGUGGUGGAUACGCUCGAUUCCGUGGAUGAGCACGUGCGGGACACGUGCGUCGCGGGUGGGUUUUUGUGCGAUGAAAAUGCGGUGCGCGUGAUGGUGGAGGAUUCGAAGGCGGCGGUCGAGACGCUCAUCGAGAGAGGCACGCGGUUUACGCGAGACGACGCCGACGGACGCCUGCACCUCGCGCGCGAGGGAGGGCACAGUCGGCAUCGCAUCGUGCACGCGGACGACAUGACGGGAAAGGAGAUCGAGCGCGCUUUGCUCGAAGCCGCUAAGGCGAACCCGAGGAUUACGUUUUACGAGUAUCACUUCGCCAUGGAGUUGCUCAAGACGCGAGACGGCGAACGCUGCGCCGGGGCGCUCGUCGUGGACGAAGCCCGAGGUAAGACGAUAGCCUUCGUCGCGUCGUCCACCGUGCUGGCGUGCGGUGGCGCCGGACACCUAUUUCCGAGCACGACGAAUCCCGUGGUGAGCACGGGCGACGGCAUCGCCAUGGCGACGCGCGCGGGCGUCGCGGUGGCCAACAUGGAGUUUAUGCAGUUUCACCCCACCGCGCUGUACACGGGCGAAGGCGGCGCCGCGAAGCUCAACCAAAACGAAAAUGCAUUUUUAAUCACGGAAGCCGUGCGCGGGCACGGUGGUCGGCUGUACAACGCCGAGGGCGAGCGCUUCAUGGCGAGAUACGACGAGAGAGAAGAACUCGCGCCGCGAGACGUCGUGGCGAGAAGCAUCGAUAGCGAGAUGAAACGCACGCGAGCGCCGUGCGUGUUUUUGGACAUCACGCACGUCGACGGAGAAGAGAUUCGACGCAACUUCCCGGGAGUCGCCGCGGAGCUUGAUCGUCGAGGAUUGGACAUGACGAAGCAGCGCAUUCCCGUCGUCCCCGCGGCGCACUACAUGUGCGGCGGCGUGAGCACGAACGAAAACGGCGAAACCUCCUUGCGUGGAUUGUUUGCGUGCGGCGAAGUCGCGUACACCGGCGUGCACGGCGCGAAUAGGUUGGCGAGUAAUUCUUUGCUCGAGGGUAUCGUCUUCGCGCGUCGCGCGCACGACUCGUGGGAACGCGACACUCGUCGCGAAAUUCAACGCACGAUGUGGAACGCGGCGGGAAUCGUUCGAACGACGGCGGAGAUGGAAGUCGCGCUCUUAAAGCUUCGAGAGCUCGCCACCGCGUGCGAGGAACGCCUGAGUGUGACGAAGGGCUACACCAUGCAGCUCGCUGAGGUCAUGAAUCUGCUCGACGCGGGUGAGCUCAUGUUGCGGUGCGCGCUCAUGCGUAAAGAGUCUCGCGGCUUACACUACACCUUGGACUACCCCGAAGCCGUGGAUGACGAAAAGAAACCUACCUUUAUCGCCGACGGCGCGACUCGCCCGUCUCUCACUCGUCGGCCCGCGCCCGCGCCGAGAUAAACUCCUUAGAUU